GGGGAGCUGAUUGUCUGGCCCCGGAUGUCAGCGACGGUUCGUACUACAUCAGCCGUCUCGCUGAUACCUUUUGUGAUAACCUCUCGGAGGCGGAGGCGCUCGCGGCCGGGGCGUUUCCCGUGACGGCGUGCAGGGCUUCGUGUUGUCUGCAGGGCUGCACGGCCCCGGCAGCAUCCUCGGACCUGUUGCGGAAGGUGGACGUGAGUGCCAUCGAGUGGAAGGAUCUCCUGACAAAGCAGGACAUGGUGCCGCCCAUGAGCAGCAACGGGGCGAUGACGUUUUCGGGUGCGGUGUGCAAUGAAACGGUGUGGCACGGCGACGCGCCCAAGUUCUUCUGUCCGGCGGCGGGGAGCGAGGUACAGUUCCUCGGAUGCGACGAGGCCGUGACGAGCACAACGACAACGACGUCCACGAGCACGACUAUGAGCGUCCAAAAAUCUGUUUCUGUAGCAGGCGUUCUCGCUUUUUCAAAAUGCACCCUUGAUGUUCUUUAUCUUUUUACAAUUUCAAAGUCCACUGCGAGCCAUAGUACGCCUAAAAAAAAAUCGCCGCCGCCGUCAAAUGUUUGUUGCUGCCAGAUCUAUUCCGCAGGCGCGGCGUUCGGGAGCGACCGGCCUGCUCGCAGCCACCGAUCUCUCACAGCUGGCCCUCACACGAACCACCGCUCGCAAGCUGCCCGCCUCUCAAGUAGCCCGCCCUACCCUAUGAUCCCGCAACCCCUGCUUUCCGCAACCCCUCAACAAGAUCAACCCAACCGAAUUUCUCCGAACGAACUGGGCCACCGCUUGCGGUUUUGUAGGUUCCGAGAGAUGUACAUGUAUUUGUACAGACAUCUUCAGCUGCAACUACACUAUCGAGAAGGUCGUGGACGCGGUUGCUAGUAUUGAUCGAACGGGGCGGGGGCGGCUUUCUGCGAGUGCGUUUCAGAGGCCGGCGCGGCAUUUUGAGAAAAAUAGAAACCACAACAGAAACAGCUUGUUGGAACGUGUAUGAGCACCACAACGACGUCCACCACCACAUCCACGAGCACCACUACCAGUACCACGGUCUGCAUCUGCCACAACGGGGAUCUGGAGAGCACGGGCACCUGCCCAGGGCAGCUCGCGGAAUACUGUAGCAGCUGCCACGACAACUAUCGCCUCCGGGAGAAUUGGCCAGCUGACGGGCAGAAAAGCUGCUUCCCCACGUGCGGGGGGGCGACCUGCCUCGCACCGGAUCCCUCGGAUGGGUCUUACUAUGUGAGCAGAAUAUCCUGUGUAAAUAAAACGACGCCCUCACCCAAUAUUUUUUGUCAUGCAAGUCUGGAUCUACGACUAAAGUGCCGUGCCCAAAACCAAAUGCAAAUUGUUCCUCAUGCGGGAAGAGGAGGACUCCAUGCGAAGCGCUCGCCGAUGUCAAUAUCUGAGAAUUUGUUAUGCUGCUUGAAACAAGAUAUAGAAGGAACUUGAUUGCACGAAAUAAGAAUAACCAAAACCAUGACUACACCACAGACCCAUAGGAAAGUCUUCUUGCACAAUGAACCAUCUGGCGCGCGAAGUUUUGCCGCAGUUUUAGCACAGUCUGUGUACUAUGUCAUGCGCAGCACACAGCCAGAAUUUUUUUGGCUUGUGUAUGCGAAUCUGACAUGACUAUCAGGUGGGGACGUUUUUACUCUGGAUGCAGACUAGAGGAUACGUACUGCAUGAGCAUUUCCGCUGCCGACGCUCUUGCGCCCGGCGUGUUUCUAUCAAAUGUAAAAAUGUCUGGGUCUGGAAGAAUGCAUGUUUGUCAUGCUUGUCUGGCAUGACUCUUAAAUCUGUCAUGCAAGUUACCCAAGAGCUCCAUUUUUCUGUGAUGCAGAAACGCAGUUUGUCAUGCAGAAUAGGCAACACCUAGAAGCUCAGAAACUUGUGAUGCUGAGCCAGCAUUUCUGGCCUCAUCAUGAGACGCCACCCAGCAUCACAAGUUUCCAGACCCAGACAUUUUUACAUUUGAUAGUUUCCGGUAGCCGGCUGCCGAGCGGGAUGCUGCCGCCAGGGGUGCAAAGAACCGGACGCACAAUCCGAUCUUCGAAAACGAGUGGAUGUUUCGGGACUCAGCUGGCACCAGCUUCUCACGGGCGACAGUAUGCUUCCACCCAUGGCUUUAUGAAGUAGAG